AUGUCGGAUAAACCAUCGACCUCAAGUCAUUCAAGUAGAAGAUCUGUGAAAAAUUUGAAUAACAUUGAUUUGAUCGGCAACACUGCGCAUCAGAUCACGGGCGCCAAACUUCCGUGCAUCAAACAAGUGUUACAAGUGAUGUUCCAUAAUAUGCGAUUUGUUGGACUUACUGCAAAAGACAGUGCAAAAUUGACCAUAAGUGCAGCUGUAAUAUUUUGGCAACAAGCUCGCAUUCCAAUUAUUAAUGAUGAUAAGUGUGUGAAAAAGCUGAUGAAAGUUUACGACCAAUGGAAAAACAUACAAAGAACUGUCCCAGAUAAAAGGUCAAAUGCACAAAAGCAAGUUGCCGAACAAUUUACUCAAAAUCUUGAUGAUUUGUUUGAUAUUGCCAUCGGUGAUGCGUUGGAAAAAAUUCGAAUUGAAGAGGACAGAGAAUUUUUAAAAUUGCAAAGACAAAAAGGUCGUCCAGGCUACAUGGUUGGUGUCGAUAUGAAGUUAUAUGGGCGAGAAAAACGUACGCAAGAACGACAAGAAAAAGAAGAAGCGCGUAAAAGAAAACGCGAGGAAGAGAUGGCUAGACCUUCAGAUGUCGUGAAUUGUGAUGAUGAAGAUGCUGAAAUGCCAUUUUGUGAAACGAUUGAUGAAGAAAAUGAACCGAUUGACGAUGACUGGGAACCAGAGAAAGUAGCUGGUAACGCAACAUCCGCCAAAAAAAGAGGCCGAAAAGAAUUCAUCACAGCAAGAUUGGCUGCUGCACUUGAUAAUGCUAAAGUUUCGGAUGGUAUGGCCGUGCAUAUCCUCAUUGCAGCUGCUGAAGCAUUUGGAAUACGGGCUGAAGAGUUAGCUAUCAACCGUUCAACUAUUCAUCGCGCUCGCCUGGAACAUCGAUUGGAAGAUACAAAAGAUGUGAUGGCUCGGUUUCCCGACAACAUAAAUACCGUUGGAUCAUUAGUUGUUCAUUGGGAUGGCAAACUACUACAAGAUUUGAUUGGUAGACUCAAAGUUGAGCGCAUAGCAGUUCUUGUGAGCUACAAUGGGACAUCCAAGUUCCUCGGAGCACCGAAAAUUGAAUCGUCAAGUGGAGAACACAUUGCUGCUGCGGUUCACGAGACAUUAGUUAAAUGGAACAUUGCGGAGUACGUGCAAGGCAAAUGUUUUGACACAACUUCAAGUAAUACCGGCACAGAAAAAGGAGCUAGUGUACUCUUGGAAAAGAAACUAAAGCGUCAGUUGUUAGAUUUAUCGUGUCGACAUCAUGUUUACGAGAUUCUUCUGUCGAGCGUUUUUGAGGUCAAAUUAUCACCUAGCUCGGCACCAGAAGUUCUAAUUUUUGAAAGAUUUGCCAAGUCUUGGACAAGUUACGAUUUGGAUUCGUUUUGCAGUGGUCUCAACGAAAAAAUGGUUCUUUUGCAAAUUGAUCAAGUUGAACAAGAGAACAUCAAAAAAUUUUGUUUUGAUCAGUUGACAAAGAAUCAAAUUCGAGACGAUUAUAAAGAGUUUCUCGAAUUGGUUCUUACAUUUCUUGGAGCAGGACCGUUCAACUUCCGUACACCAGGACCAACGAGUAACGCUCGAUGGAUGGCAAAAGCUAUUUAUUGCUUGAAGAUUUUCUUAUUUCGACAACAAUUUCAGCUUACAAAAAGAGAAGCGAAUGGUUUGCGCGAUAUUUGCAUUUUUCUCAUCAAACUUUAUAUCAAGCCAUGGUUCCUAUAA